GUGAUGUCAAAAUGCGGACGCUCGUCCUUAUAUACUUCGCGACGUUAGUGCAGUGCGAUUUUAAAAGUGAGGUAAAACAUUUGAGACACGCUCGGACUUUAAUACGACAUGGGAGGUCGAGAGUGCAUUUCACGCGGCUUCAUACGCGGGCGCGCGAUCUGGUCGCGCAAGUUAUAGAGGCUGAGACGAGCAGUGAACUAGAAGGCAUAGACAAAUCUGGUGAAGACCCUGUUAUAGCGGCCUUAAGACCGUACGGGGCUCCAGACGAGGACGGGUACACUACACCUGACACAUUCCAAAAGUAUUUCGGCAAUUACUCCGGAACAUUCCACCGGGAUACACUAGACGACGUAUCCUUAUUAGAUCAUUUAAUAAACGUUGAACACAGUUACGAUAACGAAACACAAAGGAUAAUGGCGGACGAUUCCGACGCAGUUAGAGACAGCAUAGUUAAUGAUACGAGUCAGUCAGAUAACGCGACAGUUGUUAAAGCCGUGCACGAAGACGUAGUUACUAAAUUCCUAAGAUUAAUUGAAACGCAGCAUUUGCUAGGCGAGAAUUGCACAGCUGGGACGCACUUGAAUUUAGGUGAAGGUGUUGUAGACAGGUACGCUCAAGAGAGAUUUAGGAUAGAAGCAGAUGUGGCAGUAAACAGAGCUAAUAUGCUAACGAGAUUAUGGAAGUAUGCCGGGCCGUCAGUGAUGCAUAACGAAUAUCUUUUACAUGCAAGCGUUUUUUCUAUGGUUGAAUUUGAUGACGACGUGUUUGCGGCGGGCAAUUGUUAUGAUCAAUAUCAGUAUAAGGAUUACCAGUUAUUCUGUCCCUUCGCGUACCGUUUACCGGAAGGGCCGAUAUUGGCAAAGGAUCUGGCUGUCGAGUACAAAUAUUUAAGCAACACGUCCGAAUGGUUUUACAUCGCCCGCAAGAACGCUGAGCGCGUGAUCCGCAAUCACAAUCAGUUUAGACGAGGUUACAACACAUACACCUACAACGAUACAGCGCACACAGAGAGGGAACAAGAUGAGAUCUUAGCUGUGACGUAUGACGAUGGCAAAUGGUCGAAGCCGUACUACGACUGCGGUGGUGGCAACAUAUGGAUGUUGACAUACACUGUACCUUUCUUUGGAUACAACAAUGGAACGUAUUUUUUCAAAGGCACAAGUGGCAUCGACAUCGAUCUCCGUCGAGUGGACAUCGACCAGUGCCCUCUGAAGCCGGGAUCCACGCAGCUGAAUAUAUUUGCUGGUACUGAUAAGUGCAAGAAGAGUACUACUGAGUGUGUCCCCGUCCCUGGUCUGGGUUUCCGCCGCGGCUCCUACCGCUGCGUGUGUCGAAGAGGUUUCUACUUUCCCAACACCACUGCUGAGAAUAGGUUUUACAAUGGCAGCGUCAUUGAGGAGGAGUAUGAGAAACAUUUACAGCACCACCACAGCCUAUACUCCAAGAGAUCAGCCUUCCAAUGCCUCCCUUGUGCGGAGGGUUGCGAGGCCUGCAUCGACGGCUCCCCCUGUGUAGCGGCCCUUAACUGGGUGGUCCGGACAACGAUAUUCGCGCUUGCCUGCCUCGUGAUAUCCUGCCUGCCUUUUAUUGUGUACUUCACGAUUAAAUAUGGACAUGUUAGGGUAGUCCGCGCAGCCAGCCCCGCUCUCCUUCGCGUGAUUGUGCUUGGCGCGCUGCUCAUCUACUGCACCACCCUGGUGAUGUAUGGCAGACCAACGGUGUUCACCUGCACCGCGAGGGUCUGGCUGCGGGAGGUGGGGUUCUGCUUGACGUAUGGUGCCCUGAUGUUGAAGACAUGGAGAAUAUCCGUAAUCUUCCAAGUACGGUCAGCAAAAGCGGUCAAGAUAUCAGACAUGUACCUACUGCGUCGCAUUGGUGUGAUUGUUGGCGUGGCGUGCGUUCUGCUGUCCAUACGAACGCUGGUCGCGCCGCCUGCGGUGAUAGUUGGCAGAACUAAGGAGGAUCUCAAGGCGUACCUCUGUAAUACAGAUUGGUGGGACCACUCUUUUACUACACUGGAGGUGAUAUUCCUAAUGUGGGGGAUCCGUCUUUGCAUCAUGGUGAGGAAAGCGCCCUCGGAGUUCAACGAGAGCCGCUUCAUAUCCAUGGCCAUUUACAACGAGUUCCUGCUAUCUGUAUUUCUUAAUAUAUCUAUGUUAUUCCUUCAGUCACCAGCGAAUCCCGACCUCCUGUAUAUAAUAUUCUUCUGCCACACACAACUAACUGUGACUCUGCUGCUUUGCUUUAUUUUUGGGAGCAAGGCAUACAUGGUCUACAAAGGACAAGGAAAAGACGAUCGGGAGAAGACUGGCAAGUUCAGGUCGAAGCCAGCCGAGUCCACUUACACCAUGACGACCAAUAGGAGUACUCGCUUCUGUGAUAAUAUGACUGAGAGGGAGUUAGAGGACGAGUUCAAAAAAAUAUGCAAUCAGCUAGAGAAACUAAGGGAACGUUGCAUACCAGUUAAUAAUAUACCAAGGAAGAUAACAGCAAUGUUGGAUGCUGCUGCUCUGCAUGAGCGGAAACCUGGUGCUUCUGAUUCAGCACCACUUAAACUAAAUACAGUAUUCAGCGCUGUGGCUGACAGACUCAUGUGUACUGUAACACCAGCAGAAGAAUCGAGCAGUAGCGGUAGAGACCUUCCCUUUGAUGCCCCGCCAUCUUACAAACAAAAAUUCACACCCACCAAGAGUGUAGAAAAUAGCAACGCAGAACAGAGCCAAACAGAUGUUACCACAGAUUCUCCAAAACGAAAAACAGAAGAAGAAAAAGAAAACGGUGUGUUCAAGAUUUCGGGAGAAGCCAACUGUGGUGAUAUACGUCCGCCAGAAGUGAACAGAAAUGGUUAUAAGAAUGAUAAAAGAGAAGAAGUCAGGUGUAGCCCGAGCAGUUCAGAAGUUAGGAGCGUGCGUUCGGGCCACGCUAGGACUCAUGCAAUAGUUAUAAAUUUGGAUGAUAAAAGUCGUUUUACUGAAGAAGUCACUGUUUAAAGACUGUACUUAGAAAUCAGUUGCGUUACGACGGAUGGUUUUUGUGAUGUUUUAUUAAGA